UAAUUUCCCAAACAGCUGCUAGCAAAACUUGUUUGUUGACGUUUUUUGUGAUUACCUCAUUCUGCUAACUUUUCAGUUUUCAAGUCUUACAACGUAAAAGUUGAAAAAUUUUUUUCAUCAAUUGGGUUAAUAGCUAGGCGGAAGGAAAAACCUCUUCGCAGUGGCUUUAUUUACCCGUGUAAAUUUUUUGUUAUCUAAAUUUUAAGGAAGGAAAGUGAAAAAGCAAGCAUUUGUGUCGGCAAGUGGACUAUUGUUUGAUUGUACUUUGACCACUCGAGGAACUGUGACGUGAGGAGAAACUAUGAAUGUACGAGUGACCAAGUACACGAAAUAAAACAAAGCAGCAGCGCCCCAUUGGACUGACGCGUGUGAAAAAGCAUUGAAGCAAGAGGAUUAGUGUGAAGGAUACAAAAAACGAAUUUUCUGGCGUUUGUACGAGGGAUAAAAAGGAGUUGCAGGAGCAAGGAGUGAAGAAAAGGCUCUUUGAAAACCGCUCAAAACAGUUCAAAUCAAGCGACUACAGUCAGCCAGUUAAACUAAGCGGGGUCCAACAUGGAAUUCAUUGAGCCCACAGCUGUCAUCUCGGCAAGUAUUAAUGCAGUGGAUGGCGUAAUAGCGAACGGCAGUGAAAAAUUGCCAGCAGCCACAUCGAAACCAAUGUUAGAUACUGGCGAUUUGAAACGUUUUGUAGCACCCCCGUCUCCACCGGCCACGCCCAAUUCGAUACCGUCUUCUUCGGUUGCAUCCUUAGCUUCGUCGGCUGAAUUCGGCACAUCACUGCGUGAUCAACGUAUGAUGGAUGACACGACUGACACGGCGGGAGAUGACGCGCCACCAGCAUUGUUGCCUAUUUACGCAGAACUCUUGGAACAGUGCGUUGAGCACGCCGAUUACUUUAGAGACGAUCCCUCUGAGCGUGGACAGCGCUUGUAUGCUGCGUUCGUCGCUUGGCAGGAUUUCAUACGUUUAGCAAAUAAGCUAGUAUUACAAAUUGAUGCCUUCGCUUACAAGUAUGACUUUGACGAACAUACUCCCGGCAAUGGUUAUCGCAGUUUUAUAUCUGUCACCAACUCCUGCAUCACUUAUGGUCAAGGCAUUUGCAAGAAUCUCCAAGCGACACGCGCUACAAUGUUCUUUCGCAAGAAAUACUUUAUGAAAGAGGUUGAGUCGUGCUCGCAGUUGCUCUCUUCGCUCUGCACAUGCUUGCAAUAUUUGCUCAUCAUGCAUGACUGGUCAUGUGAUUCGGGCGAUUUGUUCGCUAAUGGGGAACAUACCGCCGAGGAGCUGUUCGAAAUGGGCGACACCAUCAAUCAGUAUGCCUUCUACGGCCGCUGUCUUGGGUUUCAGUACGACAACUCAAUACGCGGUGUUCUGCGUUUCAUUGCGAUCGGCAUGGCCAGCUUUUCGGAGGUGUUCUAUGCAGAGGUCGAAGGUAAAAUACAAAAAACUACACGCGGCCUAUGGACGGGCAGCAAGUACUUUUUGAAUCCAGAACAAUGUGCGCGUCGCAUUGUUAACAUUUCGCAAAAUGCGAAAAUAGAUUUUUGCAAAGCAUUUUGGUUUCUCGCCGAGUCGGAGAUGAUGCACACUAUACCGACGAUCGUUGGCAGUUCGGUGAAAGUAAAUCGCGUAAUCGAGAUACCACCUGAGCCCUUGCAGUUGCCUCGCGUUAAUAAGUCACAAAAGCUACACCCUGUAACCGAUGUAAAUCAAAACGAUAACGUCGAACUGAUCGAUAUACCAUUGCCGUCUGCGCACAUUGGCCCUGGCAAUUCAGUGAAAGUGCGGUUGCUCAGUUUUUCGCGCCGUGAAGGCAUGAUCGGUGAGGGCAUGUUCUCAAGAAGUUGGCGCCGCUUGCCGGCACGUAGUCGCAGCGUACUGUUUCAUUGUCAUGGUGGUGGAUUUGUAGCGCAGUCGUCAAAAUCGCAUGAACUCUACUUGCGCGAUUGGGCUGCUGCGCUCGACGUGCCUAUUAUUUCGGUGGACUACAGUUUGGCGCCAGAAGCGCCUUUUCCGCGCGCACUCGAGGAGGUUUUUUACGCUUACUGUUGGAUGUUGCGAAAUACUGAGCAUUUAGGCACUACCGCUGAGCGCAUUGUGCUGGCUGGCGAUUCGGCAGGUGCCAAUCUUUGCAUAGGCGUGGCAUUGAAAUGCAUCGAGCAGGGUGUACGUGUACCGGAUGGCUUGUUUCUAGCAUACUGUCCAACUCUAAUCAGCUUCGUGCCGAGUCCGGCGCGUCUACUGUGCCUCAUGGAUCCGUUGUUGCCUUUCGGUUUUAUGAUGCGUUGCUUGCGCGCUUAUGCAUCACCGGGGAAAGAGCAGAUGCAAGAGAAUGUGAAGCAUACAUCCGAAAUGGCUGAUAUACGCGAGGCAACGCCAACACAAGAGCUGCACUUUACACUGCAAAUGGAAAAGGAGUGCAGUGCGGCAUCUAGUAGGCGCACUUCCGCGGCGAAGAGUCCAUUGUCCUCGGUGGCGGAGAAUUCCAAGUGGGACCAAAUGUUGAAAGAUGGCACAGCUUUGGAUAUGAAUGCCGUGGAAGCAGACGCUCAGACCGAGGAGAGCAGCGAUACUUUUGCCAGCGCCUCGUAUCAUAGUCAAACUGUAGAACGCACCGAUUUACCCUCCGCCGAAGAAGAUAACAGCCUUUGUGUCUCCUUCGAAGAUGACUCCCAACCAAUUGUACACUACCCCAUACAAAUUUCUGCGGAAAUUCAAAAAGACUCUGAUUCAGAGCAAUACAUUGAUCGAUUUCUGGAUAAAUAUCUCAUUGACACAAAUACGCAGGAGGCUAAGGAGCAGCUAGCCAAUGGCUUUACCACUGCAAAUGGCACAACACACGUCAAUAGUCUUACACCAAUAAUAGCGCUUACAGAAUCUGAAGAGAAUAUCAUCAUUGACACGGGAAAAGAAGUGAUUGCUUUCGAGACGCUGCAUUGCCGCUUUAAUAAUGCCUUCAAUGCGCUGACAACAACUUUCGAUCGUUACACCAAAUCGAGUGAGAUACGCAGCGAGGUGGAGAAUGGUGAGCGCAUACAGGAUUUGCGCAAUAUGGAUGCUUUGAUAGCGCGUAGCCCUAGUGUAGAGUUUGCCUUUCAAGUGCCAAAAGAUCCAUUCCUAUCGCCGUACUGGGCAAGCGAUGAGUGGCUUUCACAGCUGCCAACUACGAAGAUACUGACGCUUGAUAUGGACCCCUGUCUCGACGAUUGUGUGAUGUUUGCUCGUAAGUUAAAAAAAUUGGGGCGACCAGUGACGUUGGAGAUAUUGAAUGGUUUGCCACAUGGUUUCCUCAACUUUACAAUGUACUCAAGCGAGGCGCGCGAUGGAUCGAAGCGUUGCAUAAAAAGCCUCGAAGAACUGCUGUCAAUUCCGGCGGAUAUACCACUAAAUCCAGAUGCUAGCGGAAGUAAUUGAACGAGUGUAACGCGACAACAAUUACGUAAACUUUUUAUAAUGCAUACAUAUAUACACAUAAUGGCAUACUUUAUAGAUUAUUAAGGCGCAGUUUAAAGCAGCAUUAGAGGGCUUAUCCUUCAACAAUAAAAAUAAAUAUUUAGAGCUGGGUUUAUAAAAAAAAUAAUGGAGCGAUUUUUGUGUACGCAUAUUCAUAAAUAAUAACUGCACUCUUUAUAUAUGCGCAUGCGCAUGAUUAGAAAGGUUAGUCAUACGAAAUAAGCCCAAAAUAAUACCUAAAAUGUUAAAAAGGUUUAACACCAAUGCAUUCUUUACUAACAAAAAUAUGAUCGAAAAAGGAAAAUUAUAACAGUACAGUAAAAUGUACUAUGCGUAAAAAUAAUGCAGAUUGUGAUAGGUUAAGCUUUUUAUUAAAUUAGCUUUUUCUACUUUAUUUAAGUUUUACUAGCCACGCUUUCAUUUGAUAUUAUUUUGCCACUAGAGCUUAGUGUAGUUAAAUUAUUUUUGUUUUGCUUUCAAAAGCGCCAAUACGAUGUACAUACAUAUGCUGAUCGUUAUGAUAUACAUCGUUAUUGUUCAACGAUAAAAUUUUAUCUAAAAAAAGUUGCAUUUUACUUUUAAAUUGUUAUUUAAUUUUUUAUACAAUUUAUUAUUUAUGCUUUCUUUGAACAUUUUCUGUAGAAAAGCACAUAGUUAUAUAUAUGUAUGUACACACAUAUAUAGCUAUUUUUUCUAGCUUUUUUAAGAAUAUUUUUAUUUUUAAGGCUCAAACCAUUGAAUAUCACAUUUUUGUAUACUUUUUAGCUUAUAUUUGCUUUUGUUGCAUUUAUUUCGAAAAAUUCUACUUUUCCUUAAGAUAUUAGUAAUCGGUAGUUUUGAUGCCAGUGAUUAGCUUAAUUUUGCGCUACGACACUUUUCCAUAAUAUAUUUUUUUCGUUAAUUUAUUUUAUAAAUCUUUCUCUAUUUAAAUCAUACUUUUACGCGUUUAGACAAUAUACACACUAAAGGUGUAUGGUAAACAAACAGUAUUUGCUGCAGCUCAACAACUGUACUACUGCGAGGGAAAUACAGGAUAAUGAAUUCGUAUACUUGCAAAAAAAAAAAGUUUAUAAAAUACAUUAAAGAGUUUAUGAAAUAAUAUAUACACAAUUAUAAAAGUCGCGCAAAAUUAUCAGUAUAUACAAGAAUCCUUUGUAUUUAUUAAUAUUUAUUUGUAAUUCGAAAUCAGAUUUUAUUUCUUAAAUAGAAACUCUAAAUUAAUUUCUGGGUGAAAUAGGCAGGAGCGGAGCGGAGUUAUCCAAAGAAAAUUAAAAUGUUGAAUAAACUAACGGCAAAAUUCAUAAAGCACUGAACUGAUUUAUAAUCGAAAAAUUCUAUUAGAAAGUUACUUUAUAAAGCUUUUAAUCUUAUUUCUGUGGCAUUUUGAUAACACAACUUAUCUCUUGGUUUGUAAAACAAUAUUUUAAUGAUUAACUAGUGUUGUUUUUUGAAGGGAAACGUAUUAUUUUUUAAUCCUAAGUCAAGCCCUCUAAAGUUACUUAAGGUGUUUUAUCAAAAUGCUACAGAAUUUAUUUUUUAUGAAUUACGUAAUCAGUAUAAAAGGAAGUGAAAUUUUAUUAAUUAAUAUAAUUAUAAUUAUGAAAUGAUUGAUUAAAAAUCCUAAACUGAUUUCAAAUCU